AGUAAGUAAGAGGUGCGCAGUCUCUCUUUCUCUCACCUCCUUCAGUAACAACAAACCUCUUGGCUCUCUAUUACUACUACCUGUCAGAGUCAGCUGGAGAAUUAAAUUUAAUGCUGUUACCUUAAUUAAUUCAAUUUUUAGUGCCGACGUAACAAUGGAACUGGAGAAAUGGCCGAUAUUCAGUUUACUCAAGCCAGAAUUUGUUGAGAAAAUAAAAUUGGCUUGUGUCUUUGGUAGUCUUGGUAACGAAGCGGUUAUAGUAACAAAAGAUGACGACGUCUAUGCUCUCGGGUUCAAUGGUUCAGGCUGCCUUGGUGUCGGGGACCAGAACAGCACAAUGGAACCUCGAAAAAUUGAACCAUUGUGUCAGAAAAAGGUUAAAGGUAUUGCCUAUGGAAGUGGUCCACAUGUCUUAGCGUACACAGAAAGUGGAGAACUGUAUUCGUGGGGACACAACGGGUAUUGUCAACUUGGGAAUGGCUCCACUAAUCAAGGCCUCACACCCUACCUGGUCACUACUCACCUGCACAACAAACGUGUGGCGAGGAUUGCUGCUGGGUCACACCAUUCACUGGCACUGACGGAAGAAGGCGAGGUACUUGCUUGGGGACAGAACAAUUGUGGGCAAGUUGGUUCAGGAACAACAACCAAUCAGCCCACUCCUAGGAAGGUUAUCGCCAGCAUAGGAGGAAGACGAGUGGUGGAUAUAGCGUGUGGUCAGACGUCCUCCAUGGCCGUAAUGGAUAAUGGAGAGGUCUAUGGAUGGGGCCUGAACAGCAAUGGACAGUUAGGUCUUGGCAAUAACGUGAACCAACACAACCCGUGUAGAGUGACGGCCCUCCAAGGUGUUGUCAUCACAAAGAUUGUUUGUGGAUAUUCUCAUACUCUUGCCCUAAGUGACGAGGGCAGCUUGUGGGCUUGGGGUGCCAACAGCUAUGGUCAGUUGGGGACAGGAAAUAAGGCCAAUCAGUGUGCCCCGGUCAGAGUGGCGCAGGAUCUAGGUCGCAUUGUUGACAUUGCCUCGUCACAUUACUGCCACCUCUCGGCUGCAAUGACUCAAAAUUCUAAAAUAUAUCUCUGGGGACACUGUAAAGCUCAGAGUGUAGUGGGCCCAUUAGAGACAGGGUUCAGCAGUCUACAUGAGGUGUUUGCUCUGUGGGCCUCACCAAGUGUGACAUACGAGCCCGUCAGUGUCACCACCUUUACUCGCUCCUCUUUAGCACAGGCCAUGGCACUGGCUUUAGAUGAUGAGGAGACGGCUGACGUGGUUUUUAUGGUAGAUGAGCGAAGGAUUCGGGCCCAUCGUGCAGUCCUCAAGAUUAGAUGUCAGUACUUCCGUAACAUGUUUCAAGAACAUUGGAAGGAGAAUAAUUUAGAAGAGGUUGAGGUGAAGGACUACUCAUUUGUGGUGUUUCGAGCAUUUUUACAAUAUAUUUAUACUGAUACAGUUAAUGUCUCACCAGAGGAUGCUAUAGGAUUACUUGAACUAGCAAAUGCUUAUUGUGAAGAAGCUUUGAAGCACCAGUGUGAACGGAUUAUCCGUCACGGCAUCACUACUGAGAAUGCUGCCAUGCUUUAUGCCGUUGCCAUUAAGUAUGAAGCCACUAUACAAAACACUUCACGAGAGAACAAGACUGGAACCCAGCUUGACUUUGUUGAGGAUCCACUGUACAUUAAGGAGCUGGAGGAGUUUUGCUUCCGCUUCGCACUCAAUCACAUGACAGAAGUUGCACAGACCGAGGCAUUUAUGGCCCUCGACGAAUUAACCGUUAAGAACUUCAUCCAGCGAGCGGCUCAGCACGGGGCGUUUAAGUACUGAUAUUCUAGCUACUUGUUGAUGAGAAUCUCGCAACAACAGCAGCAGCCGAGGCACGAUCACCACUCCUAACAUUACACAGAGUUAAGGUGUGGCUUAUUUUGCAACCAGGGUCAGAAGGAUGGUAAUGGUUUGGGAGUAUUGAUGGCACACAUGAUGACCAUUGUAUUAAUUUGGAACUGGUAACGAGAGAUCUUUGGUGGAGAUAGAAUACUGUACGAGAACCGAGGUUUGUCAUUAGCUUAAAUACAUACUAUCAUGAGUGCUGGGACUGUGGGAACCUAUUUUUGAUUCUGAAUUGAUGUGGGACAUUUUUAUUGAAGUUUUACAUAAGAUUUAUUACUGUAGCAAGUCUCUGUUUGUUGUAGAACUUAAAUAUCCUCUGUGGUUGUGAAGAAAAGGAAUUCCACAUCUUGAGAAUGAAAGAAUUUUAGUUUUACUGGUAAUUUUUAUAAUAUUAUCUUACAACUGCUUAGAGUGUUGGAAAGAAUGAGUGUGUGUGAACUGUAUACAUUUCCAGACAUACACCAAAGAGCAAUGCUGUAUGAAGGACACGUGAAGGAAGCCUCCACACACACACACACACACACACACACACACACACACACACACAUACACACACACGCUAUUAACCUACAUCGUGCAGCCUUAUACCUCUAGUCCAGGAGCAGAGUUGUGCAGAUCCUCAAUGUCUUAUCUGAACUUUCCAAUGUUACCUUUUUACCCAAGUGACGUCUUUUCUCCAACACCUGAGUCGUCAAAACUUUUAAGACGACCAAGUAUGAAAAAUUACACUUAACUAUAAUUCAUCAGUUGAAUGUGUGAUAAUGUUAAUUAUUGAAAGACUUUAGGACAAAAAUAGGAGUCAAAUGGUGUCAGCGCUGUUUUGUUUCUAUUGCCGAUUGACUAUUAUUACUCUUGAACCUAUAUAAAUCAAUAUCAUCUGGCAGCUAGUUCUUGAGCAGCUUCUCCUUUUAAGUGCAUUUCUAAAAUCUCAAAUACAUCACUAAAAACUCAAGUGCAUCUCUAAAAACUUGAGUGCAUCAUUAGAAACUCAUGUACACUACUAAAAAUUUAUUGUUUGGCUCUGUGUAACCAAAAGUGUGAUGCCAAUUUCACUUAUCUGCACGACGUGGGUUAAAUUUAUUAUAGCUCUUGUCAAUAACACACGGAAUAUUUUUUAGUUUAUUUUCUACUUUUAAUAUGUGAUAUUGUAUUCCUAAAGAGCAUGUAGAAAAUUAUUGGCUUAUAAUUGUGCAAAUAUACGUGAUUAGAAAGUGGUAUGUGAAGGAAUGUUGUCAGGCCAGAGCUAGUCUUUAGUGGCUUACAGAACUUUAUCUUCAUAGUGGUUUAUUUCUCACUAACACACCAGACAGUUUACAAUCAUAUACGUCACCCCUGAGAUAUCUUUUCCGUAUUUGUCUGUAAUCUGUCGCCUCUACAGUAUCCUUUAUUUUACAAUGUUGUUUUAAGUUAUGGUGUAUUACCUGUAGUUUAUUCAGCACUGAUGAUUAUUUUUUUACGUACUUUUUUUUGUCUAAUCUUCUUGUCGCUAUUCCUUAUGGUUGUAAUAUUUCCAUCUGUCAGGAGAUACUAAGGACAGAUUAUUCCGUACUAUGUCUUAAAAUGAAUGGUGUUUUUGUACUGAAAAUUGAACAUUGGUACAAUAUAAGUAUGUUAGGGUUGGGUUAAGUUAGGUUAUGGUAGGUUAGGUUGGGGUGGGCUAAGUUAGGUUGGGUUGGGUUGGGUUGGGUUAGAUUAGGUUGAGUGAAAAAUUUUGUUUACAAUAUUUAUCUUAUUUUAUUAACUCUCUCUCUUAUUUUAUAAUAUUCUAUCCAUAUGUCACAGCACCAGCCAUUGAUUUAUGUAUAUACCUGUACAGUACAGUAUCAUUAGGCCCAGUAAGUUUGCGGUACAGUAAAUGAAGUGAUGACGGACUACUACUUUGGUGAGAGAUAAUAUUAAUGAAUGUUUAUAUGGCAGGAGAAACACUGAGAUCAUUAUUGUACUCACAGUCAUGUAGGUUAUGAUGUGUUUGAAAAUGUCUUUAUGUAGAGAUGUAAGUGUAUCCUGCUUUGUGUAAGAACCCCCAGCUAAGACACUGAACAUUCAUGGUGACAUCACACACAUUUUAUCUUACUUCAACUUGGGUUAAAAUAAUUCCUUCAUUUUGACAGUUCUGGCACAAAGUCAUAACCCCCAAGGACUGAAAAUUCACCUGCGUACCUUCCCUUGGUUUCAGGGAUCAGGACCACAUGCGGCUUCUCAGUUUAUAGGGAUGGAGAUAUGUUUAAGAUGAGUGGCUUGUGGGUUCUCUGUGUUCCAGUAAAACCCCUCCAUCAUCCCAGUAUAACCUCAUCCCCCAUCCCAGUAUUACCUCAUCCCCCAUCCCAGUAUAACCUCACCCCCCAUCCCAGUACAGUAUAACUUCACACACCCCCCUCCCAGUAUAACUUCACACACCGCCCUCCCAGUAUAACUUCACACACCGCCCUCCCAGUAUAACUUCACACACCGCCCUCCCAGUAUAACUUCACACACCCCCCUCCCAGUAUAACUUCACACACCCCCCUCCCAGUAUUGCCCCAGCCCACCAUAUCUCCCACAGCAAGGUUUAUGUCCCCUCUUGGUUUUCUCCUUAUGAUGUGUAAAUUGUGGCUUGUGAUGUGUGUCUCUCCUGAUAAUUUUUAAUAAUAAUUUCGUACUCGGUUACCUUUUUUUUUUUUAGAAUUUCAUGCUUUCGUAUUGGUUCUUUAUGGUUUUAAUUUUAUCUAACAGAAGUGUGUUUUAUUUUUUUUAUUUUAAUUAUGAUAGAAGUGAGUGGUGUAGAUAUACAUUUGGGGAUAAUUUUUGUGUGUAAAUACCUACUAAUAUUUCUUUGUGAGCAUGAAAAUUAACUGGGUAGUUGCCCCUCCUUCCUCUCCAGGUUACCCUCUUGAUGGGAACUUAGAGGGUCUUUAUAGGGACUUAAAGGGUCUUGAUGGGGCCUUGGUACAACAAUACCCUCUGGAGAACAGUAAGUCUUUGAGUCGUGUUUACCCAACUAACACACCGAGGCUACUCUCCGCUGUCUUCCAUUUCAAUGUCUAUCCAUCAUUUUGAAAUUUGGUUUAUCACUGACUGCUGUUGGAAGUUCUGUAUACACAAGACUUUCUCUCUUAUCUUGUUGUUUAUUUACUACAUAAACUAAGUGUUGAGCCCCUUUGUAACACAUCAGGGAUGGUUGGCAGGGACUACUAUAGCUCUAGAUGUUGUCAUGCGAGUAAGACCAGUACUGUACUAUAUGGUCUCACGUUUAUCGGUUCUUAAGGCUUGUUUGCAUUUUUUGCCGUCUCUCCCAAGUUCUUUAGUGUUUUUCACGGGAUUGAUAGCAUUGUCCCCAGGCCUUGACCCAUAGUUCUCACACACACACACAUAUAUUUCACUCCACAUUGUUGGCAAAGUUUUAUCUUGUAGGGUCUGGGCCUUGUCCUGCAGUGGAGAUGACUUGUGGGUGCCUGAGAGCCCUGUGCUGGUUUAGGGGGUCAUAGGAAGACUCUCCUUUACUGAGAAACAGAUCUGAAUUUGGGGGACUUUAUCAUGUAUAUAUUAGAUGUUCAUAGUUUAAUCACAUUUAAGGAGGUCUGUAGGUAGCUUGGGUUAGGCAGUGCAGCAUUUUUUAAUUGGGGUGAUACUGUAUAUUAACUCUCCAAGUCUAGCCAGUAAUCUGAGGAACACCUCAUGAAUUGUAUAACAAUAUGAUGGAUGACUCCAAGGUCUUUUCACUCCUGGGGGACAAAGACAUAGUAAAUGCAUUAUGAAAUAUAACACAGUACUGUACCGUACUCUUUGGGUCAAACAAGUUGGUGAUUUUUUAAAUCCUGUGAAUUGUAAUGUGUAGAUUAUUCAGUGUGCUUCCAGUUUGGUACUUAUUGUUAUUCCAUAAUGAUGGUGAUGAGCAUUGCAUUGCAGGUCAACUGGUUCAUACCUCAUACUGGUUUAGUUAUACUGUGUAGAGUCUUCUAGUGUGUAAAGUACUAGAGAGUAUCAUAUGUGAUACAGUGUUUGAACAUCUUCAAUGAAACAAUCUAAUAAAUGAAUGCCAGCUCGGUUUCAUGCCUGGACGCUCCUGUUUGAUGCAAUUGUUUAAGAUGCUGGAUGUGUGGACACCAAUCGUGGAGUAUGGUGGCAAUAUUGACAAUAUGUACCCUGACUUUUGAUAGUGUACCUCAUGAAGGAUGAAAAUGAAACUGAAAGGGUACUGAAUUCGAGGGACAUCCUGCCUGGAUUGCAGACAGGUGUACCAGUGACAAGGAGGGUACCAUAGGGCAGUGUGCUGGAUCUGUGUUGUUCAUUUGUUUCAUAAAUGAUAUGUCAGAUGCUAUACUGUACAUUCAUCCAGGCAAAUGUCUGUGGAUGACAUUAAGCUGUUCAGAGAAAUUAAGAAAUGAGUGUACAGGGAAAAGUUAAGGAAGAAUUAUGUAAGCUUCACAAGUGGUCAGAGGAAUGGUUACUAAGAUCCAGCAUUACCAAAUGCAAGAGAUGCACCGAGGUCACACCAAUAGCAAGGAGUCAUAUCAUAUCACAUGUCCCAAUGGGAUAAGAAAGCACUAUUUUUUUAAACUAAGUGUGAAAAGUAUCUCGAGUGUUUGAGGUAUGUUAACAAUGAACUGAGGUUCUCGGAUGACCUCACUUGAUGCAACAUUGUAGGGAUUUGGUCCACUGAUUAUUGGGGCUAUUGAUACUGACGGCCUGAUACCUUGUUUCCCGAAGGUUAGGUGACAACACUGGGAAGCUGUAUGUUGAGUGUGUACCACUCUUCCAACUGUAACAGAUGGCAUAUAAAACAAGGUCAACUGGCUUUUGAUUAUGAAAACCACCUGACCUGACCCCUUCAAUAAUUACAAUGCAGUUCUCUGAUUGAUUUCUUCCAACCACAAAUAAAACUCAAAUGUGCCAAUUUCUUGUCUAACAAUGUAACUCAGGGCCUAUAGACUCUCCUUAUAAACCACGCUUGGCAGGUGUUGUUUAUUAGAGGUUUAUAGAUUGACACCACCACCACCUCCUCUCUGAUCAGUUCAUCCAUUCACUCCUGAGAGUCAUACUGAUGGGAGAGCGACUACUUCACCUGACGUAUCACUUCUUUGUGGUGAUGCCUUACCAGGUAGUGGAGAAGAUUCACUAGUGAUAGAUUAAACAAAUGACCAACACUGGUGAGAAUUAGGUUCCAUGAAUAAUCUCGUGAAGAAAAAUUCUCUCCUAAGAAUCUCGUCAUUGAAGGCGUUAAAGGCAGAUGCUCGAAUUGGAGGAUUGAUCUUCAAAUCCUGUCCUUAGCAGAACCUGCUACUAGGCAGCUCAGAUGUUCUCCCCUUCCUCUCAGUUUGUGGGUUAUUAUGCUGAGAUUCAAAUAUAAAAUGAUGGGUUGGCUUUGAAAUCAGAAUUGGUAGAGAGUAGCCUUAGUGGACAGUAGCCUAAGUGGACAGAACCUUAGUGGACAGUAGCCUUGAUGAACUGUAUAGCCUUGGUGGACAAUAGCCUUAGUGGACUGAAUAGCCUUGGUGGACAGUAGCCUUGGUGGAGAGUAACCUUAGUGGAUUGCAUAACCUUGGUGGACAGUAGCCUUGGUGCGAAUUGUGAUGACAGGACAGAAAUGGGUUAAAGAAGACCUCGUGACCUCCAGAGGACAACCAUUUCACCAUGUCCUUUUCAUCUGAGGCUGAUGUGAGGGGAUGAACUUGUUAAUACAAGUUGUUCUCAUCUACAUCAGGGGAUGUGUUCCUAGGUAAGGCCACCAUGAGAAGUAAUAAUAUAAAUAUUGAUAAACUCCUAUAGUAAAAGUGGAGUUUACAUUUCCACCCACAGCCAAGUUCCUUCCUCUAUUAAUGAUGAAUCCAUUUUACAUAAGUUUUCCUACGGUACAUAAAUACUGUACCAAUACAGAAACUAGAUACUGUAUUGAAUUAUUUCAUAAAUGUAUACUAAUCUCUGCUCACUGAUACAUUCUUAUUUUCUGCUUGGAGACAGGUCGGCAGUAGUCUUACAGAGGAAAUUAUAUACAUUUCACCUGAGGAAGUAGCCAGGGACAAAUAUUCUUAAUCAGUUACUGAUACUUGAACUGACUUUAAUAUUGAGUGCUUGGUACUCUUGUUUAUUUAUUGCAAGAUACAGUAAAUCCUUUCAAUAACAGAAUCUUCCCAAUAAUGGACUGUGCUUACAAGAAUUACAGUAGUCUGGUGUUGUGAGAGUUUACCGUAAAACAAUCAAAAUUGUUAUUAUACAGUACAGUGUCAAGGUACAGUAGUACAGUACA